GGGGAGACGCAGGCGAAGCUCACUGUGAUGGCGUCUGCAGCGAUGGAGACGACGUAAGUAAACAACAACAGAGGUGCAUGUCCGUGUGUCAUUGACGGGUCGUAGAGGAAGAGUAAACAAGGCCGAAGUGUCUGCUGCUAUGGCGACCGGGAACAGCGGCGGUGGCGGCGGCGGCGGCGGGGGCUUGGCGUCAAACCAUGACGGUCAGGAAGCAGCAUCCAACUCGGCUCAGUGUGGAGCCGCAGCUGCUCUCUCCAACGCGCCAGCGGCCGGUUCUGCCCCGUCAGCCUCCCCGCCUGUCCUCGGUCUCCACCGGGAGCCCAUGUACAACUGGCAGGCGACGAAGAGCUCCCUGAAGGAGCGUUUCGCCUUCCUCUUCAACAACGAGCUGCUGAGCGACGUCAGGUUCGUGGUGGGGAAAGGCAGACAGGCCCAGAGGAUACCGGCCCACAAGUUCGUCCUGGCCGCUGGAAGUGCCGUCUUUGACGCAAUGUUCAACGGAGGCAUGGCCACGACUUCGGCUGAAAUUGAGCUGCCUGACGUGGAGCCGGCUGCCUUCCUCGCCCUGCUCAGGUUCCUGUAUUCUGACGAGGUCCAUAUCGGUCCGGAGACUGUGAUGACGACUCUGUACACAGCCAAGAAGUACGCUGUCCCGGCUCUGGAAAGUCACUGUGUCGAGUUCCUCACCAAACACCUCAGAGCCGACAACGCUUUCAUGCUUCUCACUCAGGCAAGGUUAUUCGAUGAGCCUCAGCUUGCGAGUCUCUGCUUGGACACCAUAGACAAAAGCACUGCAGAUGCAAUAAACGCAGAGGGCUUUACAGAUAUUGACCUCGACACGUUAUGCGCCGUGCUAGAAAGAGACACACUCAGCAUCAGGGAGAACCGCCUCUUUGGGGCGGUGGUACGCUGGGCCGAGGCCGAGUGUUACAGACAACAGCUUCCCCCGACCCCAGAGAACAAACAGAAGGUUCUGGGGAAGGCGCUCCCGCUAAUCCGCUUCCCACUCAUGACUGUUGAGGAGUUUGCCGCUGGGCCUGCCCAGUCUGGAAUAUUGUUCGAUCGGGAGGUGGUAAAUCUGUUUUUACACUUUACAGUAAACCCCAAACCGCGGGUCGACUACAUUGACAGGCCUCGCUGCUGCCUCAGGGGGGAGGAGUGCAGCAUUAAUAGAUUCCAGCAGGUUGAGAGUCGAUGGGGGUACAGUGGUACCAGCGACAGAAUCAGAUUCAAUGUAAACAAGAGAAUAUGCAUUGUGGGUUUUGGCUUGUAUGGUUCAAUACAUGGACCCACUGACUAUCAGGUCAACAUACAGAUCAUAGAGAGCGACAAACGCAUUACACUGGGGCAGAACGACACGGGCUUCAGCUGUGACGGCACAGCAACCACGUUCAGAGUGAUGUUCAAAGAGCCUGUAGAAAUCCUACCCAAUGUCAGCUACACUGCAUGUGCCACCUUAAAGGGCCCAGACUCACACUACGGCACUAAAGGCUUGAAGAAAGUCACCCAGGAAUCAGCAACUGGGGCCAAGACGACGUUUUUGUUUUUCAGCUCGCCUGGAAAUAACAACGGUACAUCAGUGGAGGACGGGCAGAUACCGGAGAUCAUCUACUACACCUAAACUUAACACAGUGUCAUAUAGGUACACUGAAGCAGGGAGACCUCAGAGUGCUGGGAAGACUGGACUGCUAGAGAUGUACGUAGUGCCUCACAAUCCUUUGGAAUAAUGAGUGUGUGUUAGAGUGUGCAUGUGUGCGUGCGUGUGUGUGUAUGCUGUAAGUGACUUUAAGCCUAUACAAUAGAAAAGUGGAGUUGUAGGAAGAUCACAGCUCUGUCAGACAAAAAAAAAAGCUUUUCAGGCCUAAACUGUACCUUCAGUUGUAAAUGAUCUAAAUACUGACAUCCUGUCUGUGUUACUCUAAGCUGCCUGCCAGCGCAGGGAUUUAUCCUGCCUGUCGAUCGACGAUGCCAACUCAUCCUGUUUCGGGUUUUUACGAAGCAUUUAUCAAAAGUACGGUGUUUGUGUAUUUUUUCAUUGUGCAUUGUGUUAUCAUGUACUUUGAUUUAGCAUCGUAUUAAGACUCCAUGUGUGUUGUGUAACAUUUUCCAGUGGUACAUGCUGUAUUUAUGACGUCACAUUUGCUUAGCACUCCCAUUAAAAUGUAAAAAUGAAUAAAUGUUUUUUAUCGUGAAAUAAAUGAAGGAAAGGA